AUGGAAAGGCUUAGUAGUGUGGGUUGCAAGGAUUUCUUGUCGGCCAACACACUAGAAAGUCCCAUUCUGCCAGGUUUCUGCCUCUUUAUAACCAAAUCCAGCAGCUACGAUGCUCUCAUUUUCUGUGCGAUUUGUAUCUCAUACGUGCUAUUCAAUCGCUGUGUGCUUGGAUCGUUUCUUCUCGACUUCAUAUACGGCACCAAGUACUCUUCUAUGAAAGAAGUUGAAAAGCAUACCUUUGGACUUCGACAUGUGGGAAUAUUCGCCCGAGUGACCUCUUUCCUUCUGAUUUUGAAGCCAACUCUCAUGGUGGCUUUUGCAAACAAAAAUUGGUUUGAUCCAUGGUCACAGGGCUCAGAAUUCUCACUGGGUGACAUGGCAUUCAUCUCAGUCAUGAUCACAUCCGCAUUCCAUCUUUAUGAACUCAUUUUCGACCAAUCCCUCAAGCCUUUGAUGGUCGUUCAUCAUCUCGGGUCGAUCUUCAUCAUUCAAGGCUUCCUACCGGUGGCCAUAGGUCUCCCAAAAACAAAAUACUUGGAAUUGAAUGGUGCUCUUGCAAUGAUGAAUGUUGCUCUAUACUGGGCACUGUUGGAUGCACCCUUGGUUGUGCUUGCCUACAUUGCUACCGUCCUCCGUUCAACCUUCAUCCAAGGGCGCACAAACAUACGAAAACUGUUCUAUGUCUGUUUCAACGCUGCUGCACUGUUUACGCUUAUCGAAAUUGUAGCCAUUGUCUACUUAAGUUUGGAGAACUGGCAGCAGUUGUCCGUCCUCCAGAGAACAAUAAUUUGCUCCCUUCAACUUUUGUUCACAUCCGCCAAAGCGCGAGUCUGCAAAUCCUUUUAUUUGGCAUACAUCAGACAGAUGGAUCAACUGAACAAUCAGGGUUCAAGGCAUGUUGAGGCCGCCAAGCCCGAAUAA